CACCAAAACCACUAUCAUUUUGUGCUCAACCAUGGCUAGAAUUCGCUCCAACUGUGUCAUCAUUUUGUUCAUAAUUUUCAACUCUAUUUCUUUCUCAAUUCAAAGCACAAAUAUGAUCAUGAAACAACCUUUAAACAAUUCACUAUCAUUUUCUCUUAAGUACCUUCCUAUGUCUCAUUUAUCGGCUGCUUCUAAAAUUCGGUCGAGUUCUAUGCAAAAAUCAUCGUCCUCGGGGUCUAAUCAAAAGCUAUCAUUUAAAUAUUCAAUGGCUUUGAUUGUUUCUUUGCCAAUUGGGACACCACCACAAGCACAACAAAUGGUUUUAGACACCGGAAGUCAAUUAUCAUGGAUUCAAUGUCAUAAUAAAACGCCUACUACUUCUUUUGAUCCAUCUUUAUCGUCUUCUUUUUCUAUACUUCCUUGUAAUCAUCCUAUUUGUAAACCAAGAGUGCCCGACUUUACUCUUCCUACUACUUGUGACCAAAAUCGUCUUUGUCACUACUCUUAUUUUUAUGCGGAUGGUACUUUGGCCGAAGGAAAUUUGGUACGAGAAAAAGUAACUUUUUCUCGUUUCCAAAGUACCCCACCUGUGGCUCUCGGAUGCGCUGCUGCAUCUGAUGAGGCACAGGGUAUUUUAGGAAUGAAUCUUGGAAGGUUGUCCUUUGCCUCACAAGCUAAAAUAUCUAAGUUUUCUUAUUGUACUCCUACGCGUCAAAAUAAUGCGAAAGUAAAACCAUCCGGGGCGUUUUACCUUGGUCAAAAUCCAAAUUCGGGGACUUUUAAAUAUGUUGACAUGUUGACUUUUCCGGGAAAUCAACACUCCCCAAAUUUUGAUCCCUACGCAUUUACUGUUGGCAUGGAAGGGAUUAAAAUUGGUGGGAAAAGAUUAAAUAUAUCGAGAUCAGUAUUUAGACCGGACGCUGGUGGGUCCGGUCAAACAAUGAUUGACUCGGGCACUGAGUAUACAUAUUUAGUGGACGGGGCAUAUAAAAAGAUUCAUGAAGAAAUAUUAAGAACCGCGGGGUCAAGAUUGAAAAAAGGCUAUGUGUACCGCGGAUCGUUGGAUUUGUGCUUCAAUGGGAAUUCGAUGGAAAUUGGACGUUUAAUAGGGGACAUGGUUUUCGAAUUUGAGAAGGGGGUGGAAGUGAUGAUACGAAAAGAACGGAUGCUAGACGAUGUUGGUCGUGGAAUCAGUUGUUUAGGGAUCGGACCGUCAGAAAGACUAGGCGUCCCUAGUAACAUUAUAGGGAAUUUUCAUCAACAAAACCAAUGGGUAGAAUUUGAUAUGGUGAAUCGAAGAGUAGGCUUUGGUGCAGCCGAUUGUAGCAAGUCAGUGCAAGUAUAGAUGGUUCAAAGGGGUUUUUAAAAUGUGGUAAAUAUGGUUUAUACUGUUCUUUAUACGGUGUGUGCCGCCACAGGCAGUGUAGUGUAGUGUAGUGUACUUUUUGUCUUUUUGUAUAAACACACAAGUAAAUGAAAUACUCGUACUACUUUUGCUUUGUA